AUGGUUUCUCCUGCACAGAAUGCUGUUCGAAAGCGUUCAGCUAAGAAUUCUCCCUCUCUUGCUCAACAAUCUCCAUUGAAAAAGAGCUCCAAAAGACAAAAGUCAAAAAACGAAGAUCCAGAUGUUUCUUCCUCCAAAUUAGAAAAAGAAUUCGAGUUCACAUUCAACAACAAUUACAAGUUUGCUAAAUUGCCCUCGCCGGAAUACAAAUAUCAACUUGCCUUGUAUUUUGUUACCGCUCUAGCUUUUAUAUCAAGAUUUUACUCUAUAUCAUAUCCUGACGAAGUCGUGUUUGACGAGGUUCAUUUUGGAAAAUUUGCUUCAUAUUAUUUGGAAAGAACUUAUUUUUUUGAUUUGCAUCCUCCAUUUGCAAAAUUGCUAAUUGCUGGUGUUGGUUAUUUAAUUGGGUACUCUGGAAAAUUUAAAUUUACUAGUAUUGGCGACAGCUACAUUGAGAACAAUGUUCCCUAUAUUGCUUACAGAUCUUUUUCUGCAUUGCUUGGAUCAUUGACUAUUCCAGUGAUUUUUUUAACAAUGAAGGAGUCCAAUUACUCAAUUCCAUCGUGUUUAUUAGCCAGUUGUUUAGUUUUAUUCGAUAAUGCUCACGUAGCUGAAACCAGAUUGAUUUUAUUAGAUUCUACUUUGAUUUUUUCUGUGGCCUUAUCAAUUUAUUGUUAUGUCAAAUUUAGUAAGCAAAGAUCUAAACCGUUUUCUUUUGAUUGGUAUAAAUGGCUAGCAUUGACAGGUGUUUCACUUUCCUGUGUUAUUUCCACAAAGUAUGUUGGUGUUUUCACAUUUAUGACGAUUGGGUCGGCUGUAUUAAUUGAUUUAUGGGAUUUGUUGGACAUUAAAAAGGGUUUAAGUAUUGAAAAGUUUGCCAAGCAUUUUUUGACAAGGUUUCUCUUUUUAAUUGUGAUUCCAUUUUUCAUUUAUUUGUUUUGGUUCUGGUGUCAUUUUGCCAUCUUAACCAAAUCAGGGCCUGGUGAUUCGUUCAUGUCAUCGGAUUUCCAAGAAACAUUGGGCGAUUCACCAUUAGCUAGAGAUGCUAAACAAGUGAACUUUUAUGAUGUUAUUACCAUUAAACAUAAAGAUACAGAAGGAUUUUUACACUCGCAUCCAUAUGAGUAUCCCUUGAGAUAUGAAGAUGGUAGAGUUUCUUCAAAGGGUCAACAAGUUACAUGUGUUAAAAGUGCCAACGCAAGUGACGAUUCUAACAAUUUAUGGCAAAUUUUACCAAAAGAAGAUUUUCCCGAAAAUAAGAGAGUUGGACAUCCAGUUCGAAUCUCAGAUGUAAUUAGAUUGUAUCAUCUAAACACUGAUUCAUAUUUAUUGACACACGAUGUCGCAUCUCCAUUGUUUCCAACAAAUGAAGAAUUCACAACAGUAAAGGAAGAUCUUGCACUUGGCAAAAGAUAUAAUGAUACAUUAUUUAGAAUUGGUGGGGCAGAGAAAAAGAAAACAGGAAUUGUAAAGACAAAGGCAUCAUUAAUUAAUAUACUUCAUGUUCCAACAGUUGUUGCUAUGUGGACACAUGAUGACAAGUUAUUACCAGAUUGGGGAUUUAACCAACAAGAGGUGAAUGGAAAUAAAAAAUUAAAAGAACAUUCCAAUGCUUGGGUAUUUGACGAAAUCUUUGGGUUAAACGAUUCGAGAUCCGUUUAUGUUCCUAAAAAAAUUAAGAGGAUGCCCUUUUUAUCCAAAUGGUUUGAAUUACAAAAGCAAAUGUUUGUUCAAAACAAUAAAUUAACAUCUCAGCAUCCAUUUGCUUCGCAACCUGAGAGUUGGUUAUUAUCACUUUCGGGGGUAUCAUUUUGGUCAAAAAAUUCCACAAGAGAACAAAUUUAUUUCAUUGGAAACAUAUUAGCAUGGGCAAUUGAAGCAUGCUUCUUAUCUGUGUUUAUUGGGAUAGUAUUGGCUGACCAAAUUACCAGAAGAAGAGAAGUGUUUGCAUUAAGCGAGGAUUCCAGAUCAAGAUUGUAUUACAACAUAGGGUUUUUCUUUAUUGGAUGGUGUAGCCAUUAUUUCCCAUUUUUCUUAAUGGGCAGACAAAAAUUCUUGCAUCAUUACUUACCAGCGCAUUUAAUUGCUUCUGAGUUUACUGGAGCAUUGUUUGAAUUUAUAUUCACCGACAAUAGAGGCGAGGGCUUAUUGGAUGAUAAAGAAUUGAAGGAAUUUAAGAACAAUAAAAGAGUCAAGAAUAGUGACAAAAACCAGAAAACGGUUUACAAGAUCAACAAGUAUCUAUUCGUUGUCAGCUUUGCGAUAUUGGUCACAUCUGUGAUUGCUACAUUUAUGUUUUUCAAGCCAUUGACAUAUGGAAACGAGUCUUUGGACAAGGAACAAGUGCUUGCCAGACAAUGGUUGAAUAUCAAAUUGCACUUCGCCAAAUGA